AUGAGUUCAACUGAUAUAUAAUAAAAAUGGGGAGAACUCAUUCCUAAAGGAGGAUUAGUUUAAGAAACUUUUGUACUUAACUAAAAAGAACAUAUUUUAGGUAGAAGAGGUGAUCUAAAGGUUGACAACCCUAAAGUCAGUGGAUAACAUUGUGUAUUGAAAUAUGAUUAUGCCUAAAAGAAAGCGUAUAUUAUUGAUGUUUCUUCAAAUGGAACAUCUUUGUUUAACAAAAAACUUGAAAAAAAUAAAGAAGUAGAGCUAGAAAAUGGCGAUCUUGUUAACUUACUUUAAGAUAAAAGUUAAUGGAUUGGAUACAUAUUUAAGUUAGUAGAUAACGUUGAUAGUUUUAACAAGGAUUAAUAAGAUACUGCCACUAAAAAUAAUACUGAUCAAAAAUAAUUGGAGUAAUCUUUAGAAUAGUACAAAUAAAAUGAAAAGGAACAACAAGAACAAAAUGAAUAAAUUAAAAAAAUGUAAAAUGAGCUGGAAGAAAGGUUAAAAAAGGUUAAAGAAGAUGAUGAACAUUUUGAAAAAGAUUAAACCUGUGUCGUAUGUAUUGAUUUAUUAUAUAACCCUUAUUUAAUGACACCUUGCUUGCAUAAUUACUGUUGUGAUUGUAUGUGUGAACUUUUAAAGAAUAAAGAUAUAGCUUGUCCUUAAUGUAGAGAAAAACCAAUUAGUGUGUAGAAAAAUUAUUAAUUAAAUAACUUAAUUGAAGCUUUCAUUAAAAGAAAUCCUGAUAAAAAAUGGCAAGAAGAUGUUAUCAAGAAAAAAAACGAAUCAAAUUUACUCAAUAAAGAUUUUCUUGACUAAAUAAAUGAAAAACUAUCAAAUAAAACUAAAAAAGUUGGUAUUUAUAAAAGAUAGCGAAGUUACUCUGAUAGUGAAAGUAGUGAUAGAAACAAUAAUCGUAACUAUUCAGAGGAAGAUGAAGAAGAAUUUGAUGAGGAUGAAGAAGAAGAAGAAUAUUAAUAUAAUAAUAAUUAGCCAUUUUAAUAAUUUGGAUACAACUAUAACUUUAUCAUGCCUGCUCAUUUAAAUAGAUGUGUAGAGUGCCAAAACGCUAGAUAGGAUGAUAAUUUUAAAUGUUCUCCAUAUUAAUAACAUAUUAAAUGUAUUAACUGUGAUAAAAUGAUGCCUUAAAGAAAUGAUAAUAAUUUAUAUCCUCAAAAUUGUACAAUAUGUGAAAGAUCAUUCUGCAAUUUAUAUUUUAAAUAAGAUUGCAGCUCUAAAUAUAAUUCUUCAAUUAGCCAUCACUUGAGAUUAUUUUAAGAUAUACCAAUACCGCAAGUUUUAAACAAUAAUGUUCUCUCAGGCAGAGAAGAGGAGAUAUAAGUAUUAAAAGAUUUUAUCGAAGAUGAUGAGAUGAGAACUCUAAUGAUUUAUGAUUAUGUAAAUGAAAAUUUUGUAAAGCAAGGUAAAUUUAAAUAUGAAAUAUGCUAAAAGUAUAUGAAAACUACUGAAAAUAAAUCAUUUGAUAUCAAUUCUGAUACUCCAUUAUGUACUAACUGCUGGCCUAACAUUUGGAACUAGAUGGUCCUUAAGUAUAGGAUAGCUAUUAAAGAUUAACUACCAAAAAAUGUAAAAGACAAGCCAGAUUGCUGGUAUGGUGUAAAUUGCUAUACAAGAAAUCCAUAACAUAACAAAAUAUAUAAUCACGCUUGUCCAUAGAUUUAAAAAAACUGA